AUGAGGACCAUAUUUACUAGCUACCAAUUGGAGGAAUUGGAAAAAGCAUUUAAAGAUGCCCAUUAUCCAGAUGUAUAUGCAAGAGAAAUGCUAUCAUUAAAAACGGAUCUUCCGGAAGAUAGAAUUCAAGUUUGGUUUCAAAAUAGAAGAGCUAAAUGGCGAAAAACCGAAAAAUGUUGGGGUCGUAGCACCAUUAUGGCGGAAUAUGGUUUGUAUGGAGCCAUGGUGAGACAUUCACUUCCACUUCCAGAGACAAUAUUAAAAAGUGCAAAAGAAAAUGAAGGGGUGGCUCCAUGGCUAUUGGGAAUGCAUAGGAAAUCAUUGGAAGCAGCAGAUCAGUUAAAAGAUGAUAAUUCAUGCGGAAGCGAUAAAGAUGAAGUUGCAGAAACGGAUAAAAGUGAAGAAAGCAUAGACGAAUCCAAAAUAAAUAAUACAGUUAAAUUGAAUGCUCAAGAAAAUAAUAAUAACGGAAUUGGAAAAAAAGAUGGUGGAAAUUCUCGGGAAAUUCAAAUUCAACAACGUCAAAUACCGUCUACGACUUACGAAAGUAGGUAUCAAACCGAAAGGACUUCUAGUCAGCAGCAACAGCAACAACAACAGCAACAACACCAGCUUUUAUGCAACGAAAACCUUAUACAAAACGAAAGACUCACCGAAAGAACGUCGUCACUUCCGACAGAUCCGGAAGAAUUUCGAAACAACAGCAUAGCGUGUCUGAGAGCCAAAGCUCAAGAACAUCAAGCAAAACUUUUGGGCUUUACAACUGAUGCUUUGAUGUUGGUUAAUUCGGGUCCGAGAAGAAAUUUGGGAUGCGAUGCAAACGCCAACAGCAUCAAUCAUCAUCAUCCUCAUCAAUCGCACCAACAAACGACGGAUAUGCUUAAUAAUUCAUCUGAUAAUUCAUCCUCAUUGUUUUGA